AUGAACAGCAUUGAGAAAAAAGGGACAAAGCCGAAAGAAGAAAGAAGAAAGAAGAAGACUCAUUGCCAUAAGGAAAAUGUAUUUUUGUUUGGUCCAGGUGCAGAUGUGAAGGCCAGUGAUUACAGCCGACUAGGUCUGACUGGCUGUGGUGGCAUCGCCACAAACAAGCUUCUGGCCAAACGUGUGGUACUUUUUAAACCCAAUCAGCAAACUACACUGCUACCAGAAAAUAUCAGGGACAUCAUGAGUUGCCUAAGCAGUCUCCGUAAAUUACCGGGAGUGGGUCAUCAAACAAGCAAAAGACUUUAGGCCCUAAGACUGGUCAGCAUCAAAGACCUACAGCUCUUGCCGUUAAAUCACUUGGUGAAAGAAAUUGGAGCUUACUCUGCUGAACGUUUGAAGAAUCUGGUCAUGGGCAUUGAUACCUCGCCUGUAACACCCACUGGUGUGCCAUUUUGUGCACUGACGUGUGAGGACUCUUUCAAAAAAAUCUCAUCAACCAAAGAUGUUUUGGAAAAAGUUCAGCAACUUUUGAGCAGUCUGGUAGAAAGGAUGCACAAGGAUGGCCGACAGCCUCAAACCUUCACGCUGAGCAUCUGCAGGUAUUCUGCGACUAACAAGUGGCUCAGCCGUGAAAGCCCCCAGUGUCCAGUCCCUUACCACAUUGGACAGAAGAUCACCUCUGGUGGCUGUAAAGACGCUGUGGUCCUCCUGGUCCCAUUGGCCAUGAAGCUCUUCCAAAAAAUGGUGGACGGCAACUCCCCCUUUUACCUCACCCUCAAUAAUGUCUGUUUCAGUAACCUGCAGGCCAGAGGAGUUGCCGUCACAGGAAAGGGCUCCAUAACAGCUUUCCUGACACACAGCACAUCGCCCAGAAAAACACCCAUGUGCUCGCCACAAAAACAGGUGAAGAGAUGAGAAGGAAAGGAAAGUGAACUGCUUGUCAUUUUGACACAGCACACUACUGCACACAACAAAAUGUAACCUCUGCUUUUAACCCAUCAACAAAGUGAACAAUGGAGCAGGCCCAGGGAGCAGUGUGUAGGGACGGUGCCAUGCUCAGGGCACCUCAGUGGCAACUUGGCAGAUGGUGGACUCAAACCUGAAGUCUUCACUCCUCGCUGUCAGAUCGUCUCGUCUGUUCGCGAGGGCUGCACGUCCUCAUUCAGUUUCCAGUUGUGGAGAUUUUCUGCUGCCCAAGCCUUUCCUGUUGUGACGAUCCACACCUGUUCUCACCUGCUUUGUGGACGAGAGUCGUCCUGUAUUGUUGAGGAGAGUUUCUG